CACACAACUUAGUGGUCCGUCGUCCGCACAUAGUCGCAACAUACAGGUCGUCGCGACGCGACCGAUCAACUUCCCAGUUCCAUCCAACAAGUUUCUAGAUUCCAACGGUCGUAUUCUCAGUUCUAUCAGAAAAGUUUCCAGGUUCCAACAACCGGCAUCGUUCCAAAUAACGAAGUGUUGUGCGUGUGUGCUUGUGCAUCUAAACUGUUUUUAGAAAUAUAUUCAUGUAGACCUGAUCUGUUUUUAGAAAAAUAUAUUCUUUGAAAACAGUCAAUGUGAGGAGCUGGUAGUUUGGAUAUUUUCUAAAACACAGUUUUUGAAAGUUAUUUGUGCAACUAGCUUACUAGUGAACCAAAGAACUUGAAGAAGAAUUGUUGCUCCAGAGGAUUUGUGCAUCUGUUUCUACUAGUGAAGCUGGACCGUCGGACGCGACAUGACGUUAGAAAGACUCCUCGCGACGAGUUUCGUCGCAUUACUAGCCAUAUCCAUACUCCAGGGAGUUGGCAGUGAAGCUCCACUUCUGGACUCGGCCAAUCUGCCUCUGGAGCACCGGGCCGUGUACGGGCCGCCCCCGCCCCCGGGCCCACAGUAUGGGCCACCACCCGCCUCGGGGCCGGGCCCUGACGACCCGUGGCCUCUCGCCACCCCCGACAUGCCGCAGAUCAAGCAUCUGCAGGUUCAGUGUGAGAAGACGCAUAUGCGCGUCAACAUCGAGUUCGACCGGCCUUUCUAUGGAAUGAUAUUCUCCAAAGGUUUCUACAGUGACCCGCACUGCGUGCACCUGAAGCCGGGUUCGGGCCACCUCAGCGCCACAUUCGAAAUUUUCCUGAACAGCUGCGGCAUGUCGUCUUCAGCCAAUCACAACUCAGGAGGCGGCUACUCGACGCCGAGCGGCAGCUACGUCGAGAACACCAUCAUCAUCCAGUACGACCCCUAUGUCCAGGAGGUCUGGGACCAGGCUAGGAAGCUGCGCUGCACCUGGUACGACUUCUACGAGAAGGCGGUCACCUUUCGGCCCUUUCAGGUCGACAUGCUCCACGCCGUCACCGCCAACUUCCUCGGAGACAACCUGCAGUGCUGGAUGCAGAUCCAGGUGGGAAAAGGACCCUGGGCUAGCGAGGUGUCCGGAAUCGUGAAGAUUGGACAGACCAUGACCAUGGUGUUGGCUAUCAAGGAUGACGAGAACAAGUUCGACAUGUUGGUAAGGAACUGUGUGGCUCAUGACGGCAAACGGGCCCCCAUCCAACUGGUCGACCAGCAUGGAUGUGUAGUCAGGCCCAAGAUCAUGUCCAAGUUCCAGAAGAUCAAGAACUUUGGGCCGUCAGCAUCGGUAGUGUCGUUCGCCUACUUCCAAGCGUUCAAGUUCCCAGACUCGAUGAAUGUGCACUUCCAGUGUGUGAUACAGGUCUGCCGUUACAACUGUCCCGAGCCACGUUGUGGCAACGACUACGGACUGCCUCAUCUGGGAGGCGAGUAUGGACCUCCACCUCCACCAGCGUUGUCUGCUCACUCUGAAUAUGGACCUCCACCCCCACCUUUGCCCGAGUAUGGGGCACCAGCCGCCUACCCCGACCCACGACACCCGUCCGGCCCAGCUGGAGCCUACUCAGAGAACAAGCCCGAAGUUGUGGCUCCUCCAUCAUCCACAUCCAAUCCUUCAGAUUCGCCAUCAUCACCAGCUCCACACCACACAUCACCCAGCACGAGCAGCUCACAGAACAACGAACACAACAACGUUCACAACAAUGACCUUCACCUGCCACCUCCUCCUCUCCCAGGACAUCAAGCUCAGUACACAACCAUGAAACGUAAGGGAACAGCACCUGAUGACCUGGAAGGUAAUCUGGCAACACUGGGCGGAAGACCACGAUCUGUCGAGGGUCUCCCCGACUUGGCCGGAGCUAGGAGACGACGUGACCUGCCAGGUGCUGGUGAGAUUCUCCACACAUUUGUUGUGUCGCAUGUUUACAAGCGUGAGGCACAGGAGAUGACCGAUGUCAACACGAGCCGAAUCAUCCAGGUUGUGGCACCUGGCGACGUGAACUUCGCAUUGAAUGCAGGAGGAGCUGCAGGAGCCAACGAGACAGUGGUGGUGUCCUCGCCUGAAGGUGUGUUCGACGGCGAGUCGAUCUGCAUGAGUUUGCCUGGAUUCGUAGCUGGACUGAUCAUGCUGUUGGUGGUUGUCGUGGUCGCCUGCCUGGUGGCUGCCUUCCUCUUCGUCAGAGUGCGUCAGAUCGACCGCAAGGGUGUCACUACCACCUUUGUGCACCCCGGCUACGAUAACGCUGAAUUCGUCAAAAUGGCCAGCUAGUCCCAAAGAUUUAGUUCGAGAGCCUUCCAGGAAGCUCUCUCCCCCACUAUCCAUUAAUCAAACCGAGGAGGCGAGUGUAUAUAGGGGCGGAACACGGUUCCGUCGAGUAUGUAUGGUCUAUGAUCAAUCUUAUAUUUAUUAUCACCUUCCCUUUGCUAUCACUAUUAUUCUAAUCUCAAAUCUAGAUUCAAACAACUCAUUCAUUACUCUCAUCAUUCAAUGUUACACAAUAAUCGAAAAAUUAUGUAAGUUUAGUCGUUUUUAUAUACUUUGAUUACUCUACUCUCAUCCACAAACUGAUAACUGGACUGCGCAUAAGAUAACUUUGAAAUACUGUACUCUCAUUCAUAAACUGAUAACUGGACUGAGCAUAAGAUAACUUUGAAAUAACUCUAUAAGUUACCUGUGAGACGGACUGUUAAGUUCUAUCUGGCCAUCAUCAAGUAACUCAUCAGUACCUUUUCAUAAUUAUCUUAUUCAUACUCCAAUUAUAUAAAGAUUCUUUAAUAAUAGUAAAUUAUGAUAAUGCUCCCUAAAUUCCGUCUUGUAAAACUAGAAAUAUGUAAUACUCCAUGUUUCACUCGUCUAUUGAAUUGUUUCGUUAUCAUUUGAUUAAACAGUAUAGAAUUAUUGUGGAAAAACUUAUUAUGAUUUACAUAACAGUCUUGGAUUAGGAGAAUAUAAUGCCUAAUUUUUGCCAUUUUCAUGAAUCAAUAUAUUUAUUUCUGUUGAAGUUAGAAUAAUUGAAUCUGUUUCCCACUAUAUUAUAUAGUUAAAUUUCUUUCAGGCAGUAUUAAAUGAUAAGCGAGAUGAUUGAAUCUUUCCUCUUUUAUCAUGAUGAACUGAUACUUAAGUAAAUAAUAAUUAAGCUAUUUAUUGUUGUAUAAGAUACAGUGUAAUGUAAUGUUAUAUGUAAAUAGAUUAUAGGAUAUUUAGGUAUUUAAAAUGAUAGUUAUACUUCACUUUGAAUUAAUGACUGUUUCCAGUGGCCAAAGCUUAUGAGAUGUUAUGAACCUAAUUUUUAAUGCAAAUGUGGAGAUAUCGAUCAAAACCCAUAAUCCGUCAACUUCAUUCGACGUUUAUAGAAAACUUCUAAAAUCAACUACUUUUCCAAUGAAAUCCAUGAUUUUUGAAUCGUUUAUAGAAUAUUCUAUUCUGUGGAAACUUCACAUGCUAUUUCUCAAUUAUCUAUUUGAUUUGUUACAACUGAGCUUUUAUGGGAUCUAUGAAAGGAAUAUUGUGAAUUGAAAUUGGAAAUGUAUCUUAUUAGUGAGAAGAACUAUCAACUCACUCUAUUCUCUUCAAAUAUCAAUUACUUGCUUUUGAUUCAAUGUUUUUUGGAGCUUCCCUUAUUGAUUAUAGUGUGAAAAAUAUUGUUUUGCUCAACUCACAGUGUACUAUAAAAGCAUAAUAUUCUAUCUGUACAUUUGUAUUGACUUGUUAGUAUAAUGUACAUACUAGAAUAGGAUAUGUUAGAUUAGAAACCGGAAAUCAUAUGAAUCUUCCAAAAGGAAGCAGCACAGAAACAGGCAACACAUGAAACAUCUUAUUUCAGAUUGAAUUUAGUUUAUUUAUUUGAUAUAGGACAAUAAUUUUAGAGAAGAACUCACGUGAAUGUAUUUUUAUAUUUCACCUUGAGUGGCGACUAAGUCAUUGCAAUCACUACAGAAUAUUCAAACAAUAUUUUAAGAAGUCAAAAUCAAUAAUUUUGUCAACAUUAAUUCCUCAACAAUAAGCAACAAGAUUCAUUUAGAUAGUUCUUGUGUAUAAUAAUGACGAUAAUCUAGUGUAAUAAACAUUAUAAAUAAUUAU